AUGGCCGCCCUCGUUGCUCGCUUCAAGGAUACCCAACACGACCCCGCCGACCUCCCGCGCGAGCUCGAUGCCCCACCCAGCAAGAUAUCCGCCUACUAUAGCCUCGUUUUCCCCAACUUCACCUACUACCUUCAGACCCUCAAUGUCACCAUCGGUCGCCGCUGCAUUCCCUCCUCCGCCUCCUCCUCCGACAACCCGCACGUCGAUGUCGACCUCGGGCCCCUCAAGAGCGUAUCGCGUCUCCACGCUAAGAUUGAGUACGAAGAGGACGAGGAGCGCUUUGUCCUCAUCGUAAUAGGCAGGAACGGCGCCUGGGUCGACGGAGUGUGGUCUGGUAGCGGCAGCAAAGUCCCACUCAGCGACAGAUCGCAAAUACAGAUAGCUUCCCGCACCUUUCACUUUAUUCUGCCACCUCCUCCAGCCCCAGAGGACUCGCCUUCUCCUACUUCAGAUUCGUCCGAUAACCGCGCUCGUUCGCGUUCUGCGUCGGUCGAUAUUGUCGAUGUCACCUCCAUCUCCCCUCCAUCCUCAAUACCCUCAUGUUCUCCACCGCUGGCUCCUGUAUCAUCACCUCGUUCCGCACCGCCAAAGAUACCCCCAUUACCUGGAUCAUCCCUCCCUAAUUCGAAUACUAUCAGCAAAUUCAAGUCGAGCGCGAAGAAGCGCAAGAAAUCGGAUUCCUCUGCCACUGCACCACUGCCUGAACUCAUGCCUCCUAAGCCGCCGUUAACUUAUGCUCAACUAUGUUAUCGAGCAAUCAAAGCUCUGGGCGGCAAGGGGUCUUUGCAGGAGAUAUGCAAUUGGAUCAGAGAGACGUACGACUGGUACAAGUACUGUGCAAAGGACUGGGAGAGUUCCGUCCGGCACAAUCUCUCCUCCAACCCUGGCUUCAAGAAACUUCUGCGAACGAAAGAAGAGAAGGGGAAAGGUGCAUUAUGGCUCAUUGACGAGGCGUUCGAGCACAAUUUCGAGGAGCAAGACGCGCGAAGACAGGCGUCACUCGCUUCGGGCGGUACGGGUGGGAAGGACGGAAGACCAGGGAGUAAGAAGGCCAAGGCUGUACCACUUGACCCACCUUUCACAAGGAGUGUCAAGGGCGACUUGAAGGGGGCACCUCUUCCUCCACCACUUACAUCGACGCCGCUCACGUUGAAGACUACCUCGAUCACGGACGCGCCGACUCCGUCUUUUCAGCCUAUGGCGCCUCUUCAUCCAUCCUCGAUCGCACCAACUGUGAAGCUUGAAACCGCAGCUGCAACGGUACCUCCGUUUGCACCUCAAACGCCAUCCGCAUCCUCUGGGAUGGCGACCGCGUUUUCCUUUGCAACCAUUGCCGGUACGCCUGCACCUGCAACAAUUAAUACGAGUGCUGCUCCCGCAUCGACAUCCUCGCAUCCCCUCAUCCCUGCCACGGUCCGCAUACCUAUCGUUGUAGGACCGGCUCCGAACCAAGUAUCCACAUCCUCCGGUCCCCCCAAGCCUAUCGUCCUGCAUGACAACUCGCUCAUCCUCAAUCCCGAGAUCUUCUCCCAUCUCACACCAGAGCAUUUAAGGGACCUCGAAGCCCUCGGCGCGCAGAAGGCGUUGGAGAUUUUGCAGAGCUAUAUUGUGCGUUAUUACAAGGAGAAGCUAAAGGCGGAAGGCGGCAGGGGCCGUGGAAGGGGCCGGCCACGUAGGGGAAGGGGUGCACCGCCGGGGACUGGAAGAGAUGUGCCGCCUGCGGCCGCGCCUUCUCGGACGGACAUAUCGCCAUCGGGCCUGUUCACCACUACACCACUGACACCGCGGAUUGCGCAGCCGUCGUCUUCUUCUCCGGUAGCAGAGCCACAAGCUGCAAUGCAGGUCGACAGCACAGCGGACCCGGCUUCUACGACUGCGCCCGUGCCGCCGCCCAUUGACUCGUUGCAAAUGCCUGUAGAGUCCGCACCAUCCCCGAUCGUGGUGAUAGACGACGACCCUCCAGAAUCAGACGACCGUCCUGCUGCGAAGAAGCGGCGCCUGGAGGACGGACCCGAGGACGCUUAUGUUCCUCAUGAUGGUGGAAUGUAG